AUGCCUGUGCGAUCCCAUAGGGCGAGUUACUAUAGGAAGGGCGGUAGGGCGAUGCUGCCCGUCAAGUGGAUGCCCCCUGAAGCCUUCAUGGAGGGGAUUUUCACCUCCAAGACGGACACCUGGUCCUUCGGCGUGCUGCUCUGGGAGAUCUUCUCCCUGGGCUACAUGCCUUACCCCAGUCGCAGCAACCAGGAGGUGCUAGAAUUCGUCACCAAUGGGGGCAGAAUGGACCCUCCUAAGAACUGCCCCGGGCCCGUUUACAGAAUAAUGACACAGAGUUGGCAGCAUCAGCCAGAAGACAGACCGAACUUCUCCACCAUCCUGGAGAGGAUCGACUAUUGCUUACAGGACCCGGAUGUGGUGUCCGUGCCCCUCCCCGUAGAGUAUGGCCCCCUCCCUGAGGAGGAGGAGCGUGUGCCCAUGAGGCCCGAAGACCCCAGUACCCCCUCGCUUCUGGUGUGCGUCCCGGGACAGGAGGUAGCUCCCACGGGGGAGUGCAAGAAAGAGGCAGACGUGCCGCUACAACCCAGUCAGGCCCCGCAGUGCCCUCAACCCGCUGGAGGUCCUGAACUUCCACCCGCCCUGGGAGCAGCCCCUCCUCCACCCUGCUACCCACACCUCCAGGUGCCGCAGGGGCCGCCAGCAGCUGCCAAGCCUGUCUCCGCCGCUGGCCAACCUGGCGCCGAGGGCGGCCAUGUCAACCUGGGCUUCACGCAGGGCCAGCCCCCUGAGAAGGAGGGCCACAACGGCAAGCCCACCAACCUGUGGAAUCCUACGUAUGGCUCCUGGUUCCUGCAGCAGCAGCAGCGGAGGCAGCAGAGGCAGGUGGUGGGGAGGGCCCUGGGGGAGGGGCAGGAGCAUGGGGGCCGGACUGUGGGGGAGGCCGCCGGUCUGCAGCUCCAGCACAAACAGCUGCUCCAGCAGCAGCACCAAGGCCUUUGUCGGCCGCUGCUCCCUCCCCCACCGCCCCCCACCCCCACAGCCGCCCCACUCCUUUUGGAUUCGGCAUCCCUUCCUCCCGUGCCUCUCUUCAGACUGCGCCGCUUCCCAUGCGGAAACAUCGGCUAUGGUUACCAGGAGCAGGGCCUGCCUAUGGAGCCCCUCGUGGCUCAGGCCCCGCCCCCACCACCCGUGCCCCCCUCCCAGAGGCCCGUAUCUAUGGCACGGCUGGGCGUCCCGGAGGACGGCCGACCAUUGCUUGUCACGAUGGGGACGGCCACAAUGCAGGACCCCAGGCUGCCUACGAUGGAGGGGCACAACGCCACCGUGCUGUGA